UUCUGGUUCAUGUCACUUUAACCACACAUGCUUCUUAGUGUUAUGUUAGAAUGUCUUCCCUCCACUUAGGAAAAGGGUUUUCUGUAAACAGCAGGCAGCAGCCUCCUACCAUACGUCUCGGGCUUACCACAUCUCUUGAUUGCGGCAGGGACCGCAACGAGUGAUUGACUUACAUAAUGGAGAGAUACAAUUGAUUAUCCACUGUCUCCAGAAGAGCUAUAGUCCCAACCCUACCAUGCUUUACUGAGGCUGCUGAAGAUGCCGGCAAACAUGCGCAACCACGAUACUCCAAAGCAUUGGCCAUAGUGUCUCCAUCUUUACUCAGUGGUUUAGCAAUAAGUGGGUAGAUUGAAUAACUUCCUCAACUCAUCUAAGACUUUCUCAGAGAAAGGAAAUAUUAGCAGCUGCCGCCAUACAUCCUUUAUGACCUUUAUCAAUCUAUACAGAUGACUAGGGGCAUGUUGCCUGCCAACUGUGACAAAUGAGGACUUGGCACGGAGCGGUGAGCAAGCGGUGGCAGUGUGGCUUCUGUUCCCAAGGUUUAUAUCCUGAAGUCGUGUCCAGAGUUCCUGGUAUUUGCAGAGUUCAUAAACCAUGUGUUUACAGGAUCUCUUGUGGCCCAGGUCGCUCUGGAGUAAGGCUCACUUACUGGUCUUCCUGCUGACAUCUCCCUCCGUGCUGUUCUGACCCUGUGUUCUUCGCGUACAUCGACUCUUCUUUCUUCGUUUCUCACCUAAACUGUUGCCACGCACACUUUGCGUGACAGCAGUUUAUGAGGCAAAAGCUUCAAGGAAGCUGUCUCCUGCAACCCCUAACUCGGAGGUAGCCCAGGGGGAAUAAAAGCAACGCAUAAACAGAUGAAUAUCAUCUGCCACAAUCGCAUGUCUCUUGAGAGCUCCUCCUGACUCACUGUUGGCUUUGGACUCCUCCGGCAAGCGUUCCCAAAGGCCCAACUCACCAACGCACCAUGGCCCAACAUGCUUCUCCCAGGAAAACUCUUGAUCAGGGACAUCAGCAUCCACAGUCAGCAAUCCAGGACUGUAGUUCUUCUUCUGGACACCAGUCCACUGUUGGAUGUACAGUUGGCAAGGACUUUCUUCCGUCUUGUGAGGUUGCCUGUUUACUUCACAGCUUCUUUUGCUGUAUAAAAGUUUAAGAAAUUUAAAAGUCACGGGCCCAUGGAGGCUAGAAGAGUAUGCUGGAUGUCCUGGAGUUAGAUCUCCAACUGUGAGCUGCUCACCGUGGUGCUAGCAACUAAAUUCCAGUCCCCUUCAAGUGGCCUGAGUUCCUGGACCAUCUCUCCAGUCCCAUCAAUUUCCAAUUCUUUGGAACUUCGAUACGCUCCACAAAGAUUAAGAUGGGAAAUUCCCCGAGAUGGCUCAGCGGUGCCUCUUCCCAGAGAGAGCAAAAGCAUUGGUGCAGCCACUGGUGAGCCAGUCCUCAUGGCCUAGCAUGGGAAGGAACCGCUGUCUUAAGCCUGAGACUUGGUAGGUGCUGGGAAAGAAAGUCUCCAGGCUGAGGAAAUUAAAAUAACUACAUAACAGUCUCAAGACCCAAGGGGAAAAAAUCAAAGGGUCAGAGAUGGAACCUUGGGUGCCCCAGACACAAGGAAGGACCACCAGACCAUCAAGGGAUGCAAAUAGCGGACCUCAGAGUGGACAUUAUAGAUCCCGCCCACAUCCUCAGUACGGUGGAGAUAAGUAUCACCAAUGGCAAGAUGCCCACACGAACUCAAAGUCACAGCAGGAGCCCAGGGAUGACCACCAACAGCCUCACUAUGUACCCAGGAGUGGGGAGUGGUCCCAGCCUGUGUCUGGAGCUGACUACUUGAAAGGAUCGUACCCCAGUCACCUGUACUCAAGGUCAGGCUAUGGGGACCCCUAUCAGAGAUACCACACUCCAACACCGAGAGACGAAUAUGGUUAUGGUAAUUACUACUACCACGGACAUCCACAGCUGUUGCCAGAAGAAAGAGUGGCAAGGCAAGGGAGUCCUUAUAUCUGGCAUGAAGAUCAUGGAGACCAGAGGUACUUCAGUGAGCAUCAUCGGGAGAAGCGCAGUAGGACCUUUGGAGCGAACAGUGAGACCCAGUUCCAACUUACCAGUAAGAAUCCAUACAGAGACAGCCCUGCUUCUAUGUCUGGACAGGAGCCGCCUGGGGAAUUCUUUCCAGAGAGUGAAGCCCAGAAACAAAGGUCAUUGCUGACCAGCAAAUCCAACCUUCUCCAGCAGCAUGAGUCUGGGCUCAGCUCUAGCAGCUAUGAGCUCAGUCAGUACAUGGCAGCUGCUCCCGAGGAGUAUGAACCUAUGGUGUCGGCCGCAUGGAGGCCUAUUCAGGCUGAUGACACCUCAGCGACUGUUCCCAAGGCACCCAUGAGGUUCUUCUAUGUUCCCCACGUGUCUGUGAGCUUUGGGCCAGGAAGCCAGCUAGUAUGUGUGUCCCCCAACUCUCCAGCUGAUGGACAAACGGCCCUUGUUGAAGUGCAUAGCAUGGAGGUUAUACUUAAUGAUUUUGAGGAUCAGGAGGAGAUGAGAGCUUUCCCAGGGCCCCUUAUUAGGGAAGACAUCCACAAGGUGGACAUCAUGACGUUUUGUCAGCAGAAAGCAGCUCAGUGUCUCAAAUCUGAGGCACCAGGGAGCAGGGACUCAGCUCUGCUUUGGCAACUGCUGGUUCUCCUUUGUCGACAGAACGGGUCCAUGGUGGGGUCUGACAUCGCUGAGCUGCUGAUGCAGGACUGCAAGAAGCUGGAGAAGUAUAAGAGGCAGCCCCCUGUAGCCAAUCUCAUCAACCUGACUGAUGAGGACUGGCCCGUGCCGAGCUCUGGGACUCGCAACCUGCUCACUGGGGAGAUUGCCCCCAGUGUAGAUACACCGGCGCAGAUCGUGGAGAAGUUCACCAAGCUGCUCUACUAUGGAAGGAAGAAGGAGGCCUUGGAAUGGGCUAUGAAGAACCACUUGUGGGGCCACGCCUUGUUCCUAGCCAGUAAGAUGGACCCGAGGACCUACAACUGGGUCAUGAGUGGUUUCACUAGCACGCUGGCGCUCAAUGACCCUCUGCAGACCCUCUUCCAGCUCAUGUCAGGAAGGAUUCCACAAGCAGCCACGUGUUGUGGAGACAAACAGUGGGGAGACUGGCGGCCCCACUUGGCUGUGAUCCUGUCAAAUCAGGCUGGAGACACAGAGUUGUACCAGCGAGCGAUUGUCAGCAUGGGGGAUACCCUGGCUGGAAAAGGGCUUGUGGAGGCAUCCCACUUCUGCUAUCUCAUGGCUCACGUGCCCUUCGGCCACUAUACGGUGAAGACCGACCACCUGGCCUUGGUGGGCAGUAACCACAGUCAGGAGUUUUUGAAAUUUGCAACAAUCGAGGCUAUCCAGCGGACGGAAAUCUUCGAGUACUGCCAGAUGCUGGGCCGUCCCAAAUCCUUCAUCCCUUCUUUCCAGGUGUAUAAGCUCCUUUAUGCUUCCCGUCUGGCAGAUUAUGGCCUGGCAUCCCAGGCCUUGCAUUACUGUGAAGCCAUUGGUGCAGCUGUCUUGAGCCAGGAAGGGAGCAGUCACCCUGUGCUAUUAGCGGAGCUCAUCAAGCUCGCAGAGAAACUGAAGCUGUCAGAUCCCCUGGUUUUAGAAAGACGCCGCGGGGACCUGGAACCAGAUUGGCUUGUGCAACUGCGGAGGAAGCACAAGGACCUGGAGCAGAAUAGAACAGGAACCCUCAGAGAUCCUGCUUCGACUUCUUCGGAUAUUUAUGGAGUGGGAGGAACAACAGACAUCCCCUAUCCCGAUCUCUCCGGCCAUCAAAACUACUCAGAAGAUUCUGAGUACAGCUCCCCCUUGUGGCCAACCCCUGAGCGGACAAGCCUGAGCAAUCCCAUCACACAGCAGCCUUUCUCCCUGCAGCGAGAUACCUACGCAGAGGCAGAUGGUUCAGGACAUAUGGGAACCCCAGUGCCUCUUUACUCAGUUCCUGCAACCCACUUAUCAGCGACUAGUGGAGCCAGUGGAAGCAGUGUGGCAGUGACGGGGGCUCCUGGAGGAAGGGUUGGAGAGGAAAUGCUGUGGACUCAUCCUGCCUUAGGAGAGAACAGAAUGCCUCAAGAGCCCUUGCAAGAUCCUGAUGGUCUAGAAGUCAUUUCCAGUCCUCAGACACCACCGGCUCCCAGGGCUCCAAGUUUUUCCGAGGAUUCUGCCAUUUCAGCCAAGGAGGAUGAGGAGGGGUCUUCUGAUGGGGCAGACAAACCAUCUCACUCUGAUGCUUCACAGAAGAGAAAGCUGGGAGACGAGAAGAAUACAAAGAGCUCUGGAUUCGGCUGGUUCAGCUGGUUCCGAUCAAAGCCUGCUAGCAGUGUGUCCACCUCUGGAGAUGAAGACUCUGCGGACAGUUCUGACUCAGAGGAGUCUUCCAGAGCAUCACCUCCUCACCAUGCUGGCCUGGGCCUCUCACCGACACCUCCUCUCCCAUCCCCAUCUCUGCCAGGCACUGGCACCUUCUCGAGAGGCACAGGUGGGAGUAGUCUCCAAGGAUCCUCAAACAGUAGUGGAAUCGCAGAAGGCGUGGGGCUUGGUGGCUUCUCGGGGCCACAGGGUGUUUCUUCUGAGUUCUACUUCCAGCCUGGUACCCUGCCUCCUCCACCUACCUUGCAAGGUGCCGUUCCUCUCUUCAACCCAUCUCAGGUCCCUCAGCUUCCCACUGCUAGUAGCCUGAACCGGCCAAACCGCCUAGCCCAGCGCCGCUACCCAACCCAACCAUGCUGAGAGUGACCAUCUGUCCCAGGUCCAUGAGGAUGACCAUCUACCCAUUCUGGGCUCAUCUUCUGGAGCACAGCUUUCCUGUUGCUUUCUACCUCUCAGUGUCCACCUCACCUCAUCAUAUUCAGACCCUUGUUGUGAGCCUGCUGCACAGGGUGCACCUGAAGAUAAAAGACAGGCUCUCCCUAGACAACAGCUUGGUUGAGUCUUCCUUCAGCUUAGCUUGAGAGUGACAGGAAUCGUCUCAUCAGAUGGAGGAAUGGGGCCAGCAUCACGGCAGCAGACCUGAGGCAGAAGCUUCAGAACCUUAGGAAAGUGAGGGCUCCGAGAAUCCCAUGGUGAAAGCAGAAGACACCAUGGGGCUAUGCAGCAGGAGCUCAGAGCAACAUCCCAGAAUAACUUGGACUCCCUCCUUAGACUCGCUUAAAGACCAGUUUAUGGCUCUUGUUAGCAAAGUUUUUACAUUGAAUUUGAUUAUCUCUGCCCUUCAGUGAUUCCCUUUUCAAUGACAUUUCAGCAAUUUUCCUCCCAGUCCUAGUUUUGUGCACAUUUUCUAUGUGGUUCAGACUAAUUAUAUUUCUCUCACUUUCUUAGCGGGUCCAAUUUUUUUUUCACAUUCUGACAUCUGGCUAUCAAGUUAGAUUGCUGUAGGCAUCAUAUCGUCAUGGUAACUACUGAACCUAAUGAUGCAGAUGGAUGGAACAUCAGUAUAAUAAAUAAUGGAAAAUGAUUCCUAAAACGUCAUCCUUUCCUUAAGAGGGGAGGAAUGAGUGCCUCAUAUGGCUAAUAUCUUCCUUCCUACCUCAGGCCUUUGCAAAUUGGUAUUCUAUGAGGGUCACUGGGGCCCCACGGGGGAGGGAGAUAUCUUGGAAAUUUCCAUUUUUUUUCCUUUCAAACCUCAAAUAGAAAUGAUUCUUGCUGUUUGUCAGAUUUGCUUAAAAUUGCUCCUCACAAGGAACAUUUUUUUGUAUGUGUAAUUGUACAUAAAAGUUUUGUACUUUAAUGUACUAUGGUUCUGAUGUUGAUAGCGAUUAAAUCCAGAUAAUUUUAUAGCAAA